UUGAUAUGCCGGUGAAGGCUGCGCUGUCUACGAGGAGCGAGGGGGAAGAAUUGCUCAGCUGCCCAGUCUCUGGCGGAGAAAAGAAAGCGCUCUCUGCACAGGCUCAAAGCCACGCUCUCCUUUCCUACCACGGUCCGGGUGCUGAGCUCCAGCUCUGAUUUCAAAGCCUGAUCUAUUCUGUGCGAAUCUUUUUGAGUCGGAAGGUACCCAAGGGGUCAACUAGGGUCCGACCUCUUGCAAUGCAAGAAUCCUCUCCGUUCUCUCUAAAAAGAGACGAGCAGCACUGGAACCUGGCUUUUAAAUACUGGGGUGGAGAGCGGCUGUCCACUGAACGCGCCCUUCCCAUUUAUUCGCUGCUUGGCGUCAUUAGCCGGAGAUGGCAGGACUUGAAUCUGGAACCUGCUGCGCGCUGAAGCUCGAGGUUGUCUGUCCUGAGAGUAUCUUCCACAGCGGGGACGGGAAGCGGAAAAGGGGGAGAGAAGAGCAAAGAGGUUGUGAAACAGAAAGUAAAGGGGAAGCUCCUGGCAGCGCUAAAUCUGCUCCUCGCCCGGAAGGGAAGUGGGAUUAAGCUUGCAAUGUCUGCCGAGGGUGAGGCCUGAAAUUGAGAGGUUUCCCUGCCGCAAGGAACGCUUCCAGAAAAAAGAGAGAGAAAGAGGCAGGCCUUAUAGCAUGAGUCAAUGCUGAGUGAGCUUCGCUGCUGGCAGAUGACCCUUCAGGAAAGAUGGCUGCUCCAAACAAGUUCUAUGAGGAGAUCACUGACCAGCACCUGAGGGACUGGCAGUGUAUUGGCCGAGGAGCCUUUGGGACCAUCUACCGAGCUCGACACGAAGAGUGGAGGAUCGAUGUUGCCGUGAAGAUUCUCAACAGCAAUACAUCGUUCACCCGGGAGGAACUCCUGAAAGAAGCCCGGGCCAUGGAAGAGGCACGGUUUACCUACGUCCUGCGUCUCUAUGGCCUCUUUGUGGGCAGAGUGGAAGCGGACACGAAGCUGGUGGGCUUCGGCGGUGCUGCUGGUUCGAAUCUGGGCCUGGUGAUGGAGUUCAUGGAGAACGGCACCCUGUCCGCCUUGAGGUACCGGGUCCCUUUUGUGCCUUGGGCCCUGCGAAUCCGCAUCCUCCACCAGGUAGCCCUGGGGAUGAAUUUCCUCCACAGCCUCAAACCCCCACUGUUACACCUGGACCUCAAGCCAAGCAACGUUCUCUUGAAUGAGGAGCUCCACGUCCGGGUGGCUGAUUUUGGGCUCUCCAAGUUCAAGCGAGGGACCACUCGGAACGCCAGCAUCAAAUCCAGGGAAGAGGAAGAGUAUGGCGGGACUCUGGAGUUCAUGCCUCCUGAGGCUUUCACCAAUGUGAACUACAAGCCGACCCCAGGCACAGAUGUCUACAGCUAUGGGAUUCUCAUGUGGUCGUUGCUCACUGGCGAAGACCCUUACGCAAAUGUUCCUCCUGGAAAUAUGAGCUCCAUCAUCAAGUCACUGAUCCCCCAAGGCCAAAGGCCCAGUACUGAGGAGCUGGAGAGGAUGGCCAAUAGAGUGUUGAAACUAGAAGACUUGAUCAGGCUGAUGAAACUCUGCUGGCAUCACAACCAAGACCAAAGGCCGUCCUUCCGAGAGUGCAGCGAAAACACAGAGGAUGCGUUUUCCCAGUACAAACGUCACAUUGUGGCCGCUGUGCGCAAAGUCCAGGAUUGCUUGAUGGAGAGCUCUCCUUCAAAUGAAACCAGGGUCAACUCGGAUACGAUAUCAGGAAGAGUCAAUUCUGCCCGUCAGGUAUCAAAGCCCUUGGACUACGAGGUCCCGCUAACCUCUUCCUAUGAAUUCGAGGAGCAGCUUAGGACUUUAAGACUGGAAGAGUUUCCACACAGACAAAAUGAGGCUGUACCCAUGAGAGACUUUUCCAAAAUAAACCGAGAAGGGAAAUCUGGGCUUCACCGUAGUCACAGCGCGCGGAUCGGGAAAGACCCGAGCUAUGGAUCGCCUCCUCAAGAAGGGGUGAAGAUUCGAAACUGGCCCGGGCAUACAGAACCCAAGCGACGCCCCCUUUCAGACUCGUAUACCGUCCCAUCGUAUCCACCCUACCUGCCUGGAUUCUGGCCACAACCUCAGUCAUUCUACCAACCCCAGCAAGAUGUAUCCCAGGAACACACACUCUUGCCACGCUUUAGUUCUCCUAGAGCUCCACAGGAAUAUGGUGGAAUCACUAUCACAGGCCAUGGCAUCUCAGGAAUCCAAAUUGGAACCCAUAACACCCUGGUCCUGGAACAGGUUCAUGAGAGCAAACCCAGGAAUGAGCAUUAAUCGAUGCCUGCCGAGUGUGGGAAGUUUCUUAUGGACAAUUCCGUUUCCUCCGCUUCAAGGGACAAAUGCACAUUCCAAGCAUAAGCGUGAUCUUUCUUCUCUACGCAAUUAUGAUCAGGACGCAAGAACUCUCUUCUAGAAGUGUGCCGCGAGGCCCAUACACACCCUCACCACCUAAUCCAGAAGCGGCACUGCUUUUGACUUGGUAGCAUAAACCCAAUCUGGGAUGAAUGAAUGAAUGAAUGUUUAUUUGCAUCAGCCAUUGGCCAUAGCAACAAAACAACAAUGCAAUAUACAAAGAAUAGAAAUAAAAGUCAAUUAUAUAAAAAACAUUUUGGGAUUUUGAAUCAAUAUUCAGAUGGUGGCUCUUAUUCUGAUUGCCCCAGCUAAAACCUUGCAACCUUUGCUGUCAUCUGCUCAUCUUGAUCUGCCAAGAGAAAGGACACUAUGGCAGUGGUUUGGCGACCCGGAAUGGACAAUAAAAGAGGGGUGAUAAUCUCAUUCCUCAAGUCUUUAUUAAGAGUGCAAGACAGCCACCGAUUUGGGGCUUCUAAAAGACACCUGAGAAAAUGGGAAAAACAGAAAGCAGAAAGAAAUGCUUGGAACAUCUUAAUAAAGGCCUUGCAUGAUAAGGACACCUCCCUCUUCUGGCAUAUUAUAUCAGGCCUUCUGGAGAAUGAUCGCAACAUGCCAGUCUGUACUAUUGAAACCAAUCUGGAAGUUCAAUGCCAAACUUCAUCUCACCAAAACAGUCUCGCUGGGUCAUCAUCCCCAUUCACUCAGCAUCCUGCCUGGAGUGUGGAAGUGUUCAGGGACGGAGGUUUUGGGGAGCCAGGUACCCAAAAACGCAGACACAAGAAUAGAAUUGAAAUCGCUGUAUUAUUCCAAUGCGUGUGGAUUCUGGAAAGCAAGCUUAUAAAUUGGAGCCUUACAUUAAGGGGCAGAGAUACAGCAAGAAUUAAGGCGGACGCUCGUAGAUGUGGAGCCCCUGUUAAUUCUGCCGACUCAGCUCUCCCCUGCCUCCUGCGGGGGCCCCAGAAUCACAAUAGCAGGCACGGAGAAACCACAAAGCCAGCCAACGUCUCCAUACUUAUUUCAUAUUUCUUCUUUGGCGAUCACUCAUAGCAGAGUAAGAUUGUCUUCCAUAAACACCGUUUUAAAAGUGAGUCCGUAAGUGACUGUGGUGCCAA